AUGAAAACCUUCACCGUGGUAGCCCUGCUGGCGUUGGCCGUUGUCGCCAGUGGCGAAUGGAUCGACAUUGACUGGACGCAGGUGAAGCCGAUCGAGCAGUUCGAUCACUACUGGCAGCGGUUGCCGGCGGAGCUCCAGUUUCUGCGCCAUGCCCGCCCCGCCCAGCGUAUCGUGAACGGGCAGGAAGCCGUACCCGGCCAGUUCCCGUACCAGAUUGCACUGCUCAGUAACUUUGCCGGCGGUGGUGGUCUGUGCGGUGGUACCGUCAUCACGAACAGCUACAUCCUGACGGCAGCCCACUGUGUGGUCGAUGGGAGCGGUGCUGUCGCUACGGACGGCACGGCAAUACUCGGUGCCCACAACCGUGUGACGAACGAGCCGACCCAGCAGCGUAUCGGAUUUGUGCAGUCCGGUGUGGCCGUGCAUCCGAGCUACAAUCCGACGCUUAUUCGCAAUGACAUCGCCACGGUGCGGCUGAACAGUCCGGCGGUGUUUAACGAGCGCGUGCAACCGAUUGCCCUGCCGGCCCGUUCCGAUGGCCGCACGUUCGCCGGUAUGGUCGGUACGGCGUCCGGGUUCGGCCGCACCUCGGACGCACUGCCCGGUGCGUCGGAUGUGCUGAUGUACACGAACAAUCCGGUCAUGACGAAUGCCGCCUGUAUCAGCGCGUGGAACAUUCUUCUGGUGUCGGAUCAGAACGUGUGCCUGGAUGCGACCGGUGGCCGAUCCGUGUGCAACGGUGACUCGGGCGGUCCGCUCACGGUAAUCGACAACGGCAGCAGCCUGGAGAUCGGUAUUGCAUCGUUCGUGUCGGCACAGGGCUGCGCAUCGGGCAUCCCCUCCGUGUGGGUGCGUGUCUCCUUCUACCGGGACUUUAUCGAGCAGAACUCGGACUACGAGUUCGGUGCAUAG